AUGAGUGCUGACGGGGAGAUGAUGGUUUUCGGGCCUGCGGCCCAGUACCUGCGUAAGUCUGAGAGGGAGCGAACCGAGGCCCAGAACCGCCCGUUUGACAGCAAGACGGCGUGCUUCGUGAGCGACGAGAAGGAGUUGUACGUGAAGGCUGAGGUCCAGGACAGAGCGGACGGGAAGGUCAUGGUGAAGACAGCCGACGACAGAACUCUGACCGUCAGGGAGGACCAGGUGUUCCCAAUGAACCCCCCCAAGUUCGAUAAGAUUGAAGACAUGGUGAUGAUGACGCACCUCCACGAGCCUGCGGUGCUGUUCAACCUGAAGGAGCGAUACGCAGCGUGGAUGAUCUACACAUACUCCGGACUCUUCUGUGUCACUGUCAACCCUUACAAGUGGCUGCCGGUCUACAAUCCAGAGGUGGUCCAGGCCUACAGAGGGAAGAAGAGGAUGGAGGUCCCGCCUCACAUCUUCGCCCUGUCCGACAACGCCUACCAGUUCAUGCUCACCGAUCGGGAGAAUCAGUCUAUCCUCAUCACUGGAGAAUCCGGCGCUGGUAAAACCGUCAACACCAAACGGGUCAUUCAGUACUUCGCAACAAUCGCAGUUGCCGCAGACAAGAAAAAGGACGCAACCAUCAAGAUUAAGGGGACUCUGGAGGAUCAGAUCAUCCAGGCCAACCCCCUGCUGGAGGCAUUUGGGAAUGCCAAGACUGUGAGGAACGACAACUCGUCUCGUUUCGGUAAAUUUAUCAGAAUCCACUUUGGUGCGACCGGUAAACUAGCCUCCGCAGACAUCGAAACAUAUCUGCUGGAGAAGUCCAGAGUGACGUUCCAGCUGGCGGCCGAGCGAAGUUAUCACAUCUUCUAUCAGCUCACCUGCAACAAGAAGCCAGAGCUCAUCGAUCUGCUCCUCAUCACCACCAACCCCUUCGACUACGCCUUCAUCAGUCAGGGAGAAAUCAGCGUCACGAGCAUUGACGACGCUGACGAGCUGCUGGCAACAGACGAGGCUUUUGAUAUUCUGGGCUUCUCCAUCGAAGAGAAGACGUCUGCCUACAAGCUGACGGGCGCCGUGAUGCAUUACGGGAACAUGAAGUUCAAGCAGAAGCAGCGGGAGGAGCAGGCCGAGCCAGACGGCACCGAGGAGGCUGAUAAAGCGGCGUACCUGAUGGGCUUGAACUCUGCCGACCUGCUGAAAAACCUCUGCUACCCCAGAGUGAAGGUUGGAAACGAGUUUGUCACCAAAGGACAGAACGUUCAGCAGGUGUACAACUCCAUCGGUGCUCUGGCCAAAUCCGUGUAUGAGAAGAUGUUCCUGUGGAUGGUUCUACGGAUCAACCAGCAGCUCGACACCAAACAACCCAGACAGCAUUUCAUUGGAGUUCUGGACAUCGCUGGCUUUGAGAUCUUUGAUUACAACAGCAUGGAGCAGCUGUGCAUUAAUUUCACCAAUGAAAAGCUGCAGCAGUUUUUCAACCACCACAUGUUCGUCCUGGAACAAGAAGAAUACAAGAAGGAAGGCAUCGAGUGGGAGUUCAUCGACUUUGGGAUGGAUCUGGCAGCCUGCAUUGAGCUAAUUGAAAAGCCGAUGGGAAUCUUCUCCAUUCUGGAAGAAGAGUGCAUGUUCCCAAAAGCCACGAACGCUUCCUUCAAAAACAAACUGUACGACCAACACCUUGGCAAGAACAGCUGCUUCCUGAAGCCAAAAGUUGUGAAAGGGAAGCCUGAGGCCCACUUCACGCUGGUGCACUACGCCGGCACCGUGGACUACAACAUCACCGGCUGGUUGGUGAAGAACAAAGACCCCCUGAACGAAUCCGUGGUCCAACUUUACCAGAAGUCUUCCAACAAAAUCCUGGCCAUGCUGUACGCUAGCUUCUCUGGAACAGAUGGUUGGUUGGCAUCUGCAGGAGGAAGUAAGAAAGGCUCCAAGAAGAAGGGAGCGUCUUUCCAAACAGUUUCAGCUCUGUUCAGGGAGAACCUCGGGAAGCUCAUGACCAACCUGAGAACGACUCAUCCUCACUUUGUGCGCUGCUUGAUACCAAACGAGACCAAAACACCAGGCACCAUGGAGAACUCACUGGUCAUCCACCAGCUGCGCUGCAAUGGUGUGCUGGAAGGAAUCCGGAUCUGCAGGAAAGGAUUUCCCAGUAGAAUCCAUUAUGGGGACUUCAAGCAGCGGUACAGGAUUCUGAAUGCCAGUGCCGUUCCUGAAGGCCAGUUCAUGGAUAACAAGAAAGCUGCAGAGAAGCUGCUGAACUCCAUCGAUGUGGAUCACACGCAGUACAAGUUCGGACACACCAAGGUGUUCUUCAAAGCCGGCCUGCUGGGGGCCCUGGAGGAGAUGAGAGAUGAGCGGUUGGCCCAGGUGGUCAUGUCCACUCAAGCUCUGUGCCGCGGUUACAUCGUCCGACUGGAGUACCACAAGAUGGUGGCCAGAAAGGAGGCCAUCUACACGCUGCAGUACAACCUCCGUUCCUUCAUGAACGUCAAACACUGGCCGUGGAUGAAGCUCUACUUCAAGCUGAAGCCUCUUCUGAAGAGCGCCGAGGCCGAGAAGGAGAUGGCCCAGAUGAAGGUGGAUUUCACAAAACUCAAGGAGGAUCUGGCCAAGUCGGAACACCGGCGGAGGGAGCUGGAGGAGAAGAUGGUCUCGGUUGUUCAGGAGAAAAACGACCUCCUGCUUCAAGUCCAGGCUGAAGCCGACAACCUGCUGGACGCAGAGGAGAGAUGUGAAGGACUCAUCAAGAGCAAAAUCCAGCUGGAGGCCAAACUGAAGGAGGUGACGGAGAGGCUGGAGGACGAGGAGGAGGUGAACGCCGAGCUUACCGCCAAGAAGAGAAAGCUGGAGGACGAGUGCGCGGAGCUGAAGCGGGACAUCGAUGACCUGGAGCUGACUUUGGCCAAGGUGGAGAAGGAGAAACAUGCCGUGGAAAACAAGGUGAAAAACCUGAUGGAGGAGAUCCUGAGUCAAGACGAAAACAUCUCCAAACUUUCCAAAGAGAAGAAAGCUCUGCAGGAAGCUCACCAGCAGCUGCUGGAUGACCUGCAGUCCGAGGAGGACAAAACCAACUCCCUGACCAAAGCUAGAACCAAACUGGAGCAGCAGGUGGAUGAGCUGGAAGGCUCCCUGGAGCAGGAGAAGAAGGUCCGCAUGGACCUGGAGAGAGCCAAGAGGAAGCUGGAGGGGGAUCUGAAACUGGGCCAGGAGUCCAUCAUGGAUCUGGAGAACGAGAAGCAGCAGCAGGACGAAAAGCUCAAGAAGAAGGACUUUGAGUUGUCUCAGCUGCAGGCGAAGAUCGAAGAUGAGCUGUCACUCAGUGCUCAACUUCAGAAGAAGAUCAAAGAGCUUCAGGCCAGGAUCGAGGAGCUGGAGGAGGAGAUCGAGUCUGAGCGUUCAUCUAGAGCCAAAGUGGAGAAGCAGAGGUCCGAUUUGUCCAGGGAACUGGAGGAGAUCACCGAGAGACUGGAGGAGGCCGGAGGAGCCACCGCCGCUCAGGUGGAGAUGAACAAGAAGCGUGAGGCUGAGUUCCUGAAGCUGCGUAGGGACCUGGAGGAGUUGUCUCUGCAGCACGAAGGUACGUCCGCCGGUCUGCGUAAGAAGCACGCCGACAGUGUGGCUGAGAUGGGAGAGCAGCUCGAUAACGUCCAGAGAGUGAAGCAGAAACUGGAGAAGGAGAAGAGCGAGCUGAGGCUAGAGCUAGACGACCUCUCCAGCAACAUGGAAACCAUCGCCAAGGCAAAGAUUAACUUAGAGAAGAUGUGUCAUUCACUUGAAGAUCAGCUGAGCGAGGUAAAGAACAAGGAGGAGGAGCACCUGAGGCUCAUAAAUGACCUGUCGAGUCAGAAAGCUCGGUUGACCACAGAAAAUGCUGAGAUGGCUCGGCAGCUGGAAGAAAAGGAGUCCUUAAUGUCCCAGCUGGCCCGAGCAAAGCAAGCCUUCCUUCAGCAGAUCGAGGAGCUGAAACGACUUCACGAGGAGGAGGUGAAGGCUAAAAACGCCCUGGCUCACAGCUUGCAGUCAUCUCGCCACGACUGCGAGCUCCUCAGAGAGCAGUAUGAGGAGGAGCAGGAGGCAAAAGCUGAGCUGCUUCGCUGCCUGUCCAAGGCCAACAGCGAGGUCGCUCAGUGGAGGACCAAAUACGAGACGGACGCUAUCCAACGGACAGAGGAGCUGGAGGAGGCCAAGAAGAAGCUAGCUGUCCGUCUGCAGGACGCAGAAGAAGCCGUGGAGGCCGUGAACUCCAAGUGCUCCUCUCUGGAGAAAACCAAACACCGGCUGCAGGGAGAAGUGGAGGACUUGAUGAUGGACAUGGACAGGUCCAACUCGGCUGCCGCUGCGUUGGACAAGAAGCAGAGGAACUUUGACAAGAUUGUGUCCGAGUGGAAGCAGAAGCACGACGAGGGUCAAGCAGAGUUGGAGGCAGCUCUGAAAGAGGCCCGCUCUUUGGGAACGGAGAACUUCAAGAUGAAGAACGCCUUUGAGGAAUGUCUGGAACAAGUUGACACGCUAAAACGAGAAAACAAAAAUCUUCAACAGGAAAUAAUGGACCUCACAGAGCAGCUGGGAGAGACGAUCAAAUCCAUCCACGAGCUCGAAAAGUCAAAGAAACAAGCAGAGCAGGAGAAGUUAGAGGCCCAGGCAGCUCUGGAGGAAGCAGAGGCCUCGCUGGAGCACGAAGAAUCCAAAAUUCUGAGGGUCCAGCUGGAACUGAACCAGGUGAAGUCCGAGGUGGACAAGAAGAUCGCUGAGAAGGACGAGGAGCUGGAGCAGAGAAAGCCAAAAAGGCCAUCACUGAUGUAA